CUGCCUUUCGCGAGAUAAAAAGAUUGUAGUAAAGUUGUCUGCACACUACGAUUAUGGCGGCAAGUAUGUAGAGUACGUAGAGAAACCUGUCUGAUUGCCAAAUAUUCAACCGUCCAGUGCCAUAGUUUCUUACAGGAAACACACAAGUUCGUCUAGUAAGGCCACAGUUUUUGUUGACGCCAGACGCCAUGGCUGAUACAAGUCUGAUGGACCGAGUCCGGGUCAAACUGGCGGCCGUCAACCUUUUCAAGAAGGUGGAACUACCGCCUCCUCCUGAACUCCCCCCGAUACCGCAGAUCGUCGCCGACGUCGCGAAGAUUCCCGAGGAGUCGAAGGCGGUACUGCGGACGCGAAGCUUCUUGGACGACGUGGCGGCGGCGCUUUAUAGGAGCGUCAACAGGGACAUCCGUGCGGGUAAGAGGCAGCUGGUUAAAGAUGAACAGUUCAUGAAGGCGCGUCUGUACGACUGUAUGUGUGACGAGCUGGAGAAGUCAGGCCGGGCAGACGACAUCAGACAUGUGGAGAUGGAAGUCACACACAAUCUGCUCACUCCCGCAAAAAUGGAAGAGGAGCUUCCACUGCCAACUACCAGCUUCGUCUGCAACUUCAAAGGGUGCACUCUGGCCAUGGAGGUCAAAAGGGUCACGGACAAGUUCAAGGGCGAGUUCCAGACGAUCCGGGAUGCCUUCGCCAAGAUGGCGUACCUUCUGGCACACAAAGGCUGCGACAUCGGGUACGUGUUUGUGUACGGGACGGUUGGCGACUUCUCCCGGUUCGACCUGUCCCACCGAUGCGUGCCGAUGACGGGCGAGUUCGGCGAGCUUGACGUCAUCCUCUCGCGAGACACAAGAAUCAUCCGUCAGUUCGCGAGACACACCCUCAAAACCAUCCCGUGGUGCUUCAGGAAAGAAAUGAGAACAAACCUGGUCCCUGAAAAGGAGAAAUUCGGUGUGUUCUGUGUGAGGUUAUACAGCGUCAGGGCAACAUCAAAGGGACAACAGUUUUCCGAGAGGACGUCGGAUUCGGAAAGACUGGCGAACAUUUACGCACAAAAGUUGGACUUGGCGCCAUCUCUGAUUUUCAACGCCGAGGACGCGAGGAGGGAGAUAGAGAGAGUGGACGAGCAUGUUCAGGCUGGCGUUUACACCGUGGACAAGGCGGUUUCUCAGUACGCGGGAGUGCUGGACAUGUUGGACCAGGGGACCAGCUUUCCCGGGCAGGAGGAAGACUUCGAGUUCCUUGGGAAACUGCUGAGACAUCGCUUACGGAUGGCGGCGUCAGGAUUCAGGACUCCACGAAGAAUGUCGCUGGCGUCUGUAGCGUCUGUAGUGUCGUCUGAACCCCAGUCUGAGAUCACACCAGACCCGGAAACAGGAGAGGAGACAGGAAGAGACACGGACGGGGACAUCACAUCAGGAGAUGAGGAAGUAGCGGAAGAAGACGACCCAGAGAUGGUCCGGACCAAGUCUGUGUCUUCCCUGCCAGUCCAGGGAAUUUUGAAGAAAGACGAUGGUACCCAGAGGCUGAAACGUACCAAGUCAGUCACCCUCAUCCUACCAGCUUACAUGGAGGAGGCUAUGGCAGAAGGCGUCACCUUGACACCACAGUCAGAUUCUGAUGAGGAAGAAGAAGAGGAAGAAGACCCAAAACAGAAGAAAUCAGGAAAGAAGAAGCCCAGUCUCGAAGACUUAGACAUUUUGUCAUCAAAAAAGCGAACACCAUAUGGGCAGGACUUGGUUGGAUAUCGCAAGUCACAGGAAGGAAAGACAAAGAGAUACUUAAAGCAAAACUACAACAAGAAGAGAAGACUGAAAGGGCGCCACAGAUUCUCCACGGAUGAGAAGCGUGUUGCGUGGGGCGUGGCAAGGCCCAGAAUCAUACAGGGAGAACUGUUCAUGAAGCACUUCCGCAAGGCGCUGUACUAAACAGACAGUCUGACCAACACUCGUCACUUCAUGGUGAUAGGAUGGAAACUUUAUUGCACAAUUGUACAUUAGGCAGAAUGUUUGUCAUCUACUGCUAUAUAACUGUUCAACUGUCGAGCUGUAUGGGGCUAAUUAUACAAAGACUAUGUUGUAUAUGGGAUGAGAAUGGUAAUCAUUGGUAAUGAUUCUUAAUGCUUGGAUCAAUGGAUAAACUUGGAUAAACUACAUGGAAACAGAUGCUACCAAAAAUGUAGGUGAUAUGAAGGUGAUAUGUAUAACUUCUUAAUGGGAAAAGGAGUUAGAAGAGUGCUUCCAUCUUAUUGGAGGAUGUGGGAUCAAGGAUAUCAAGUUUUAUCUUUGAUUUUUUAUUUGUGUGAUAUACAUGGAGUAGUUUGAAUAGAAAGAUCCAUUAAAGAAGUGCACAUGUAUAUGUCUCCUUAAUAGAUUCUUUGUGUCUUUCAUAUAAGGUUCAGUUUUACGUUAUUUUGAUAAUAAUGGCAGAUUCAUUUGUAUCCAGUUGCAAAAAUACCUGAAAGAUAAUUACUUAAGGUAGGGUGAUUAAUUUUUCUCACCUGUGCAAAUGUCACACCUGCAUGGUCUAU